UAAAAGAAAAUAUUAAUAUCUAUCAUUGUAUUUAAUUUGUUAAAUGUUAGGGUGAAUCACGCGGAGUAUCGAUACAAAUGUUUUCUUUUCAAGUUCAAAAGCACUGUGCCCGUUUGUCGAGAAAAAUGACAUUAGUAAACUCGAAUAACGAAUCAAAGAAUGGGAAAGAUCCUCCACAGCAAAAUCAUUCAGGAACGAUUCAGGAAUCUACACCAUCUGGAUUGUCAAAUUUGCACAUGCAAAAUUGGUGAAAUCACAGAAAUGCCAGACUUUGAAAUGCUGAAUACAUCAGCGGUCCUUCAUUAUUGCAAACAUAAAAUAUUAAGACCAUAUUUGAGAUUAUUAGGAGUAAUGGGCUUAAAGCCAAUAAGCAAUGAUGAUUCACAACGAUGCACUUGUUAUUGUAUUUUUGCAAAUCUUCAUACUUGUCAAGUUGCAAUAUUUAUGUGCAUUGGAUAUAUACUACAAUACAUGGCAUGUUUUAGAAGAGACAGGGGUUUUUGUUAUAAAACAAUGCCUUUGAAAUUUCAAUUUGCAUCCAAUUUGAAUAAGGAAGAUUCAGAAGAAAUUACUUGCUUUGGAAAUGUUAUAUUUAGUUAUCUGGUUCCCAGUAUUUUACAUUUAGUUGCAUACAUAUAUACAGUAUAUCUGUUCCGAAUUAAAGAAAACGAACAGUUACAAAAUUUAAUGGAACGAGCAUUUCUUCUAUCUUCUAAUUCUGUAAAUCGUGGAAAUCAAAGGAGACUUGUACGGAUAUUGUGGUUUUUCAUAGCAUUGAGUCUUGUAUGGAUAAUUAUGGCAUUAAUUACAGUAAAUGUGUUAAUGGCUCGAGGAAGCAUUAUAUUUCAAUGGCUAGAACACAGUCCAUAUCAACUAAAAAUAACAAUGAAAGUACUUUUAAUCGUAUGCACAUUAUGGCAUGAUAUGGUUCAAGGAACAAUUAUAACCAGUUACUGUUUGCAAGGGCAACUUUUACUGGCGCAUCUGUAUUUUCUUCGUGAAAAACUACUUCAUCAUACUUUAGCUCCUAUUGAUUGGAUGAGGGAGAUUAGCGAAUUUAAAAAGUUAUUGAAAUAUUUCAAUAACGAUUUAGGGCCAGCUGUAUGCAUUUACACAAUUGUAAAUUUAUCAUGGGCAGCCGCAGGUACAAUUUGGUUACUCCGAUAUGAUAACAGCGACAUGCAAACUAAUUCUGUCACAUGGGUUGAAAUAACAAACGUAGUUCUUUGGAUUCUAAUAUCGGUAGUCCCUUUUAUCCAGGCAGCACGUUUAACAACUGCUUGUUCUAUGAUUCAAAGUAUCGGACACGAAGUGCGCAUUCGACCAUUUGUUUAUCAAAGUACACCUGGCGAAGAUCUUGAUACUAUACUUCUAUACACGUCAUCCUUGGAAAUGUAUGCACGACUCUUUAGGGUACCAAUUACGGGUAGAUACCUUUGUUUAUUUCUUACCAUAGGGAGUAUCUUGAUCCUUACACUAGGACAAUGUCAGUUCUUCUAAUCAUUUCCUACACUUUGAUAAAUAGAUUACAGAUAUUUAUGUAAAUUCAUAUUUUUAUAAAUAUGGAUUAAAAAAGGGAUCAUAGGUAGAUAAUAAUAGUUUAAUUUACUAAAUAUUAUAACAAGUACUUUA